GAAUCAUUGAAUUCCCAUCUAACAACUUUACUGCAAAACUUCACCAACCCACAAAUAAAUAUUUCCAUUUAUGAACCCCAAACACACUGUCAAUUUUUACUACCCACCCUUAUAAAAAUUUACUACUCACCCUCAUAAAAAUUCAAUCUUUUUUUUUUAAAUUUUUUUAUAAAAAGAAUUGAACUAUUUUUUUUGUUUUUAACUGAGACAAGGCAUUUAUGUUGUUGUGUUUGUUUUCUUUUUGUGUUUGUUUUCUUUGUUGGCUUCAUGCAAAGGUCAGACAAGGGUAAGUUCACAUUAUUCAUACUUACUUCAGUAACCCCAAAAUUCCCAUUAUCUCUUAUUUCUCUAAGAAAGAUUUGAUUUUUAUUGCAAUUUUAGCCAAUAGUUUACUCUUUUUGAACUUAUUGGCUUUGUGGGGUUGUGCUUAAAGUGUUUGUUUUGUUGAUUUUUGGAAAGUAGAACAAAGAAAGAUUUGAUUUUUAUGCAUUCUUGAACUUAUUAGCUUUGUGGGGUUGUGUUAAAAGUGUUUGUUUUGCUGAUUCUUGGAAAGUAGAAGAAAGAAAGAUCAGAUUUUUAGCUAAUAUUUUGCUCUUCUUGAAGUCUUGGCUUUGUGGGGUUGUGUUAAAAGUUCUUGUUUUGUUGAUUCUUGGAAAGUAGAACAACUUUUAUGAGUCAAAAAUGGUGUUAAAGUUUUGAAAAAAGAGAGAUUUUUGUCUUUUUUUUUAGAGGGUUUUGCUACUUAUCUACAAUGGGAUUAGGCAUUCUUGGUUCUUUUUUGGUUUUAGCACUGUUCUUUAGGCCUUUGUUUUGUCAACAACCAAACACUGAUGGAUUCUUUGUCUCUGAUUUCUUGCAAAAAAUGGGCUUUAAAUCUAGUAAAGAUCACAACUUUUCAGCUCAUUUUUGUUCUUGGCAAGGUGUUAGUUGUGAUUCCAAAGAAGAAAAUGUUGUCAAUUUGACAGCAAAAAGUUUUGGUUUAUCUGGUGUGAUUCCUGAUAGUACUAUUGGUAAACUCACAAAGCUUCAAUUUUUGGAUCUGAGUAACAAUAAACUCACUGGUUUGCCUUCUGAUAUAUGGAGUUUAGGUUCACUUAAGUACCUUAACCUCUCACAUAACAAAAUCACUGGUGAACUUUCAAGCAACAUAGGGAAUUUUGGUGUUCUUGAAAUCUUAGACCUUUCUGUCAACAAUUUUUCUGGAAAAAUUCCAGAAGCUGUAAGUUCCCUUUCCAGUUUGCAUUCACUUAAUCUUAGUCAAAAUUUGUUUGACUCAGAUUUGCCUUCUGGAAUUUUGAGUUGUCAUUCUUUAGAAUCUCUUGAUCUUUCAGAAAAUAGGCUAAGUGGUUUGCCUAAUGGUUUUGGUGCUGCAUUUCCCAAACUCAAGUUCUUGAAUCUAGCAGAAAAUAUGAUUCUUGGGAAAGAUUCAGAUUUUUCAAGAAUGGAUUCAAUUACUCAUAUCAACAUUUCUGGAAAUAUGUUGAAGGGUUCUGUUGUUGGUCUGUUUGAAGGACCAUUGGAAGUGAUUGAUUUGAGUAGAAAUCAGUUUGAUGGUCACAUUUCUGAGGUAAACUUCAGUUCCAGCUUUAACUGGUCUCAUUUGGUUUAUCUAGAUUUAUCUGAGAAUCAACUUAGUGGAGAGAUCUUUAGAGAUAUAGACAAUGCGCGAAAUCUCGUGUACCUUAAUCUUGCAGAUAAUAGAUUUUCAGAACAAGACUUUCCACUAAUUGAUAUGUUAUCUAGCUUAGAGUAUCUCAAUUUGUCUGGAACAAGUUUGAUUGGUCAAAUUCCUCAAGAACUCUCGUCGUUGAGUCAGUUGAAAGUCCUUGAUAUAUCCAAAAACCGUCUUAGUAACAGCAUUCCGUUACUGAGCAAUAGGAAUCUGUUAGUUCUUGAUGUUUCAUACAACAAUUUGACUGGUGAUAUCCCUUUGGAACUUAUAGAGAAACUCCCAAGGAUGGAGAGGUUCAAUUUUUCUUACAACAAUCUAACCCUUUGUGCUUCUGAAUUCUCCCCCAAAACGCUCCAGUCGGCGUUUAUCGGGUCAUCGAAUGGAUGUCCUAUUGCUGCCAACCCUGUUCUAUUCCACAAGAAAGGUCCGAAACACAGAGGACUUAAACUUGCUUUGGCUUUAGCUUUCUCUAUGGUGUUUCUGCUUCUUGGUUUACUGUUCUUGGCUUUUGGUUGUCGAAGGAAAACCACGAUAUGGGCGGUUAAACAGAAUUCUUACAAGGAAGAACAGACUAUUUCUGGCCCCUUUUCGUUCCAGACUGAUUCAACUACUUGGGUUGCUGAUGUUAAGCAAGCAAAUUCGGUCCCCGUAGUGAUUUUUGAGAAGCCACUGUUGAAUUUCACGUUCGCGGAUCUCUUGUCCGCGACGUCUAAUUUCGACCGUGGCACAUUGUUAGCUGAAGGGAGGUUUGGUCCUGUUUAUCGAGGCUUCUUACCAGGCGGGAUUCACGUGGCAGUGAAAGUUCUGGUUCAUGGUUCCACUAUGACGGAUCACGAAGCUGCGCGAGAGCUUGAGUAUCUUGGUCGGAUAAAACAUCCCAAUCUUGUGCCAUUGACUGGAUACUGCUUGGCUGGUGAGCAAAGAAUCGCGAUUUAUGAUUACAUGGAGAACGGGAAUUUGCAGAAUUUGCUUCACGAUUUGCCACUCGGGGUACUUCGAACUACUACCGAGGACUGGAGCACGGACACAUGGGAAGUAGAGGAUGAUGAUAAUAACAGUAUUCAGAAUGUUGGUUCUGAAGGGUUGUUAACCACUUGGAGAUUUAGGCACAAAAUCGCGCUUGGCACUGCUCGGGUCCUUGCAUUUCUACACCAUGGUUGUUCACCUCCCAUUAUACAUAGAGAUGUUAAAGCUAGCAGUGUUUAUCUUGAUAUGAAUUUGGAGCCAAGAUUAUCUGACUUCGGAUUGGCCAAAAUCUUUGGCACGGGGCCUGAGGAUGAGAUCACUCGCGGUUCGCCUGGAUAUAUUCCCCCGGAGUUUCUGCAUCCGGAAACCAGCUCCCCUAAAUAUCCAACACCAAAGUCAGAUGUGUAUGGAUUUGGAGUCAUCCUUUUCGAGCUAAUUACCGGGAAAAAACCAGUUGAAGACGAUUAUCGGGAGGACAAGGAUGCUAAUUUGGUCGGCUGGGUUAGAGGAUUAGUAAGGAACAACGAGGGAUCAAGAGUUAUCGAUCCAAAAAUUCGUGGAACUGCAUCGCAGACACAAAUACUAGAAGCCUUGAAAAUCGGUUAUCUAUGCACAGCUGAUGUUCCGGCAAAACGACCAACUAUGCAUCAAGUGGUUGGACUGCUUAAGGAUAUUGAGCCUGCACAACAAUGAAGAAAAGAGGAGACAAAAUGCAAUUUUCACCUCUCUUGUUUUUGGUCCUUUUGUACAGUAGUCCAAUAUUUUUGUUUGCUUCUUUAUGCAAUGUUUCUCAUUUUCCUUUUUAACAUUUUCCACUGGGAAAGUUUUAAGUUAUAGUACAAAAUAGGCUUGCUUGAGCCUUGAUGAAGCACAAAUUUUCCAUUCAUUUUCAUUUGUCUUCCAAUUCUGUGAAAUCUUUACAAGUGCUUUCACUUUU